AUGGGCGAUUUCCCGGAACCUCCUGUGACCCCCUCACGACCGUUCUUGCACAGUGGAGUGGAUUAUGCUGGACCUGUGAUGCUGCAGAUUUUUCAUGGUCGAGGUCACAAAACACAAAGCUUACAGCCGUUUUUGUAUGCCGCAGCACAAGAGCUGUGCAUCUCGAAGUGGUGUCGGAUUACACAACUGAUGCCUUCCUGGCUUCUUCGUCAAUUCAUCUCGCGACAAGGCGUGUGCCAGGUGAGAUAUUUAGAUUGCGGCACCAACUUUGUCGAUGCCGACACCGCACUUCGGAAUGUGUUUCAGGCAGAGAGCACUGAGGCACAACGCAUUGGCCGGGCCCUGGCAGAGGAUCGAAUCCAAUGGCGUUUCGAUCCACCAACAGCACCGCACUUUAGGGGAUUGUGGGAGGCAGCGGUCAAGUCACUCAAGCACCACUUGAGGCGAGUCACAUCGGAGACGCUACCUUCACAUUUCCUCAAGUAG